CACAUGAUAACAAGCCCUCAGCCUUUUAAAGCCAAUUUCAGAAGGGAGUAACAGUAGAGACAGUGAAAGAGAGAGGUCAGGAGGGAUAGAAGUUGUCCACUGGGUGUGUGGAUUGGCAGCAGCUGGGACACGGAGGAACAGAAUACCCAGUAUGGCAGAGAGCACAGACAUGGACCAGCUUCUGAACUCCUUUAAGAAGUUUGCCAUCCAUGGUGACACCAAAGCUAGUGGGAAGGAGAUGAAUGGGAAAAACUGGGCUAAACUAUGCAAAGACUGCAAAGUCAUUGACAGCAAGAACGUCACCAGCACUGAUGUAGAUAUUGUCUUCACUAAAGUCAAAUCAAAGACAUCUCGGGUCAUAACAUAUGAGGAGUUCCAGAAAGCGCUGGAAGAAUUGGCUCCAAAGAGGUUUAAAGGUCAAAGCAAAGAGGAUGCACUGCAGUCUAUAUAUCAGUUAAUUGAGGGCAAAGAACCUACCAAUGUUGGAGUAACGAAAGUGGCAAAGACUGCCACAGUGGAUAGAUUAACUGACACAUCAAAAUAUACCGGCUCUCACAAGGAGCGCUUCAAUGAGAGUGGGAAAGGCAAAGGAAAAAGUGGGCGGGAGGAAAUUGUGGAGCAUACAGGCUACGUAGGAGCAUAUAAGGAUGCUGGAACUUACGACGAGAAGACGAAGGCCAAGUAAGGCCUCAUGAUCUCCAUGUCAACAUGUUCUAAGCUCUGUGCUCCAUCUUCAUACUUAGUUCUGGACCAAAGCCAAUCUUGAACUUUGACAUAUACAACACAGUGACUCAGGAAGUGUCAUUAAUGUUUGUCUUACAAGCAUAAUGAUACAGGACAUGGUAUUAUGGUCAGUCUUCAUAUGAAAGUUGACAUAAAGGUCAGAGUGUAACUUGUGAGAACUGGUCUCUCUCAUUUCGAGCUGUUACCAGCCUCUGCAAUUCAUAAGAUUUCAGGAGAACAUCUGAAAGAGCAAGUAUUAAAACAAGCAUAAAGGUUGGGAAACAUUUAAGAAAUGUAUCCUUUUCAGUUUUAAUGUUGCUUUGUAAUUGCUCCAGUGAAAUGAGCAUCUGAAAAUCUCUGUUCCAGGGAUGAAGAGAAAGAAUAGACAUCCCUUUUAAGAGUUUUUUGUUUUCACCCAACAUUAGUAAAGAUGCUUUUAAUGAAUUGCUAUCAUUAAUUUCUCUCACAAAUUCCUCGCUAAAAGUAAAAAAACAGCAAAGUGAUUCUACAAUGGCUCAUUCCUAAAUGGUAAACCAGUUUAACGUGUGUAUCCUUCUGUUGUAUCUUUCUUCUUAGUUAUUCUACUUUAUUACUAAAACUGGAAAUUGCAUUUAAACAAUGUUGAAUAAACUGUUACUAAAUAUUAUUUUGGUGAUACAUUUUAAAUCUUUUGUUUUUUAUUUUGUUCUAACAUAAAUAACAAAUUAGAAAAAAUAAGUUUUUCAGCAAAACCCUUCAUGU